UUGACGGACGGACGCCGCGGUCGGCCAUGUUGACUUGCGUUGAUUACGGCCGUUGCGGCGUACGCGAUACGGGGUCGUUAGGGAAAAAAAAUAAAACAACACCAACCGAAUUAACGGAACUAUUGUAGUAUAUAGUAAAAUACCAUCAUGACUUACCUGGACUUGUCGUUCUUUUCGGUGCACACCGAGAAAUUGGCCGAAGUACUGUACGAGAGGAACUUCUGCAGCUGUACCGAGGAAAUCACGAUGGUGUGCAGCCGCGUCCUGGCCAAACCCAGGCAUCCUGGAAUUCCUAAUGACUUAUUUAUUGACGAUAGUCAUAGUAUCAAAGAUGAGAACGAAAGUGAAAAUGAACUAGAACUGUAUCCAGAUUUACGCAAAUUAAGUACUUAUAUCGAAAAUGAUAACUUGGAAUUAAAAUCAAAUUAUGGCACUGGAAUGAAAAGAAUAAUUAGCUCGCUAAAAGACAUCGGGUUCGUCGUAAGCGAAGACAAAAUGUACACAGUAAAACCUUCACAGAUUUUCUACCAUAAAAAACACAUCAGACACUUCAGCCCGAGUCGAAGUUUUUUUCCAUCUGUCCCAGAAACAAAAAAGAAAAGAGGAUAUCCGAGUUGGAGUCACAGCAAAAAUAAACUGUCUUCCAAGUACUGGUCUAUGAGACAUAUAUUAUUUUCUAAAUUCGAUAACGGAAUCUUGUUGGACGCAGAAAGUUUCUAUUCGGUUUGUCCAGAAGUUUUGAGUUAUCACAUAGCGAAACGCUGCAGAAGUGACAUUGCUAUGGACCCCUUUUGUGGGGCUGGCGGAAACAUAAUACAAUUAGCUCUUACGUGUAAUUUAGUUAUAGCUAUUGAUAUUGAUCCGGAAAAAAUUAAAUAUGCAAAACACAACGCCGAAGUGUAUGGCGUUGCACACAAAAUUGAAUUUAUUAUUGGCGAUUUUUUCGCUCUUGCUAGAAAUUGUAAAAUGUUAAAAACCGAUGUAGUUUUCAUGUCUCCUCCUUGGGGAGGACCAAAAUAUUCGGUUGACGAAAAAUUUAGUUUAGAAUCGAUGUGCGACAAUCAAUUUGGUGGUGGUUAUGGCAUAUUUGAUCUUGUGAAAAAGAUUGCACCCAGUAUUGCUUUUCAUAUGCCAAAGACGACUAACAUAUUUGAAUGUGUAUGGUUAGCCAAAGGAUUUGGAAAAGUGGAAAUACAACAAAACAUAAUUAACGACAGGUUGAAUUCGAUAACUGCGUUUUACGGAGAAUUCACAGAAGUAACUGAUAACGACUAUUGAGAUUUAUAUUAUUAAUAUAAAUAUAAUUAUAUUUCCAUUUCCACAAAUA